AUGGCAAAGAAAUCAAAGCGCUCCCGUAGCGCAAACUCAAAACCUUCAGGGCCCCGACCAGUUGAUCCUUCUGAUGCGAAAUUAGGAAAGAAAUUAACGACCUACGAGGAUGUCGCUGACUCUGAGGACGAGUUUUACCUGAACCGAGAUCGCAUAGAAUUCGAUGAAGACCCAGCUACUAAGAGAAGAAGAUUAAAUCAAGAUCCCGCGUUUGAAAGCGAUGAUGAAGAAAUGGACAUUGAGGGUUUACCUUCUGAGGAAGAUUCGGACGAUGGCGAAGAGGAGGAAGAGGAGACAGCUGGCAGAGCCAAAAGCAGCCGUUUAUCAGACGAUGACGACGAAGAGAGUGAAGAAGAUGAGGAACAGGAUGAAUACGCCGAUUGGGGUCAAUCUAAGAAAAGCUACUACGGCGCCAAUGACUUUGAAAACGACGAGGAUGCAGAAAUGGAGGAGGCUGAAGCACGACGGAUUCAGCAGAAGCAACUACAGUCCAUGUCUGCCAAGGACUUCGGAGUCGAUGAGGACGAAUGGAACGGAACAGCAACUACUACUACCGUGACAGGUGGAAAAACGAAGGGAAAACCUAGUGUCCCGGCUCUAGACGACCUAAACUUGGAUAAUAUUGGCAAGCCCAAAAAGAUUACGAUUCCAUCUUCAGAGAAAGAUAAACUCGAGCUUCUGAACCUCCUCCACCCCGAAUUCGAGCCGUUGCGACAAGAGUACCUACGUCUGGCCCCAACGUACGAAGAUGUUAUGGCAAAAGGCAAAGAAAAGACAAAUAGAGCGUCGCUAGCAAGGAGAAAGUGGAUUGUUUUAUCAGCGUACCUCGGGGUGCUAAGUAUGUAUUUCGCAUUCCUAAAUCAACCAAGAGAGGAGGGGACAGUCGUAGAGCUGAGGGACCAUGAAAUCAUGGAGACAAUCUUGAAGUGGAGGUUAGAGUGGUUAAAGAUCGAGGGCGAGGAAGAGGGCCAAACACCUGAACCAGAGGAUGUAGAGAGAUCUAUGGGGGACAUGAGCAUAGGCGAUGAUGAGGAAGAAAAAGAAUACGAUGAUGAUGAUGAUGAUGAGGAAGAGGAGGACAUAAACGAUGACAUGAGCCUAAGCGACGGAGAGAAAGAAGAAGAACCCGUCCUUCAGGUGCCCGGCAAAGCGAAAUCGAAGCAGAAACUUAACGGUAUAGAAGAAACCUCGAAGAAGGCGAAGUCGUCCUCUUCAAUAUCCUUGAAAGAAGCCAAACGCCUCGCCAAAUCAGAUGCCGGCCUGGCCGAUCUCGAUUCCCUUCUCCCUUCAACCAACACCACUCGUCAAAAGCCCAAGAAUGCCAAAACUGCUGUUCAAUUCCGUGCCGCGGAUGACUUUGGAGACCAGGAUGUGCUAUAUUCCUCUGAUGCAGAAGAAAAGGCUAAGCGAAAGAAAUCACUACGUUUCUACACUGCACAAAUUCACCAGAAAUCCAACAAGCGUGCGCUUGCUGGCCGAGACGCUGGUGGAGAUGUUGAUUUACCUCGAAAGGAAAGGAAUAAAGACCGCGAAGAGCGACUUAACGCAGAUGCUAAGAAGCGUGGUUUGGGCGGUGAUCUCGGUGCCGACUUGGGCGGCGAUAGCGACUACGACGAUAAUGAUUUAACCAAUGCACGGACAUUAAAGGCAGAAAUCGAGAAUGAUGGGCUAGCUGGGGACGAAGAUGCUUUAGAUUACUAUAACGCUGUCGCCUCAAAGUCGCUCAUGGAUAAGAUGAAGAAGAAGUUACAGAAGGAAGCAGCACAAACGAAGGAUCGGGUUGUGGAGACUGAAACUAUCGAUCCAGUCACUGGGAAGCGUGCCAUUGGGUAUACAAUCGAGAAGAACAAGGGCUUAACACCCCACAGGAAGAAGGAUGUGAGAAAUCCUAGAGUCAAGAAGAGGAAGAAGUUUGAGGCCGCGAAGAAGAAGUUGGGCAGCAAGAAGGCGAUUUAUAAGGCACCCACAGGGGCGUACAGUGGUGAAGCUACUGGUAUCAGGACAAAAGUUAUCAAGUCCGUCAAGUUUUCUUGA